UUCAUCAAAAAUCGCAAACCAAGAAGACGCACAUAGCUGGAAAUUUUCUAAUUCAUCAAAGAUAGUCGAAAUUUCAGUAUGCCAGCGUACUUUCUUAAACUAGAGAAUGCUCUGAAGCAAGCGAACGAAUUUAUUGAGGUUGAUAAAAAAGAAGAAGCUCUUGCGGCACUUCGUGAUGUUAUCAAGAGCAAGAAGCAUCGCACCUUGCAAAAAAUCCACGAACAAAUCCUGUUCAAAUAUGUUGAACUUUGCGUUCACCUCCGGCAAAGCCAUGAGGCCAAAGAAGGCCUAUACCAAUACAAGAUCAUAUCUCAACAAGUAAAUGUUGCAUCUCUCGAAGAGGUAGUCCGCUAUUUUCUAAAGCUGAGCGAGGAAAAAGCGGAAAUGGCUCAAAAAGAGUCUCGUGAGAAAGUCGAUGUCGAGGAUCUUGAACAAAUUCAAACCCCUGAAUGCAUCUUGUUGAGUUAUGUCAGUGGUGAGGUUAGUCAAGAUCGUGUUGAUAGGUUAAUGGUCACACCAUGGGUGAAGUUGUGGGAAGCUUAUCGUAAUGUACUGGAGUUGUUCCGCAACAAUGCUCGGGUUGAAAAACUUUACCAUGAAGUCGCACAACAAGCCUUCAAGUUUUGCCUUAAGUACACAAGGAGAACUGAAUUCCGAAAACUUUGUGACAACCUGCGAAACCAUCUCACCUUAAUCAUACGCCAUCAAGGUCAGAAUAAUGCUAUUGAUCUGAACAACAUAGAUAGCAUUCAAAUGCAUCUCGAGACCAGACUCUCUCAAUUGGAUAGUGCCAUUUCCAUGGAACUAUGGCAGGAAGCCUUCAAAGCUGUCGAAGAUAUUUAUAAUCUGAUGCAGGUAGCAAAGAAGACUCCAAAACCGCAACUGCUAGCGAAUUAUUAUCAAAAAACUGCGUUGGUUUUCUGGAAAUCUCGUAAUUACCUUUAUCAUGCUGCUGCGUUGCAACGAUUGUUCGUUCUCUGUCGUGAACAGAAAAAGACCAUUACAGCAGAAGAAAUUCAGAAAAUGGCGUCCCGACUUUUAGUGGCUGUGUUGUCCAUUCCGUUACCACCCCCACAGACGGAAUCGGAUAAAUAUUUAAUGUUCGAUAAAGUUGCCCGAGAGAAAUCGAGGCGUCUGGCUACACUGCUGGGGUUGCAAACUGUCCCAACGCGAAAGAAACUUGUCAACGAUCUUAUUAAAUUGAACGUCAAAGAUUUUGUUAUGCCCGAGAUCAAGAACUUGUACAAAUGGCUUGAACAAGAUUUCGACCCGCUGAAUCUUUGCAAAAAUGUGGAAAGUGUGACGGACGUUUUGAAGGAAAUCGAGGACUUGAAUACAUACGUUAAACCGCUUCAAGAUCUUGCUGUCGUGAAACUUCUCAAUCAGGUGUCUCAAGUUUACCAAACCAUUUCCAUUCCUAAGUUACGAAAUCUUGCAGCAUUCACUGACGGUUUCGACUUGGAAAAAGUAAUCGUAGAGGCUGCCAAACGCAACAAUCUACAAGUUCUCAUCGAUCAUCGCUCGGACGCUGUCAGUUUUCGAUCAUAUCUCAGCGUUGAUCAAAAAGAGGAAGUCGUGGAAGGUCCGUGUUUUCAGUCGCUCUUUUCGGAAAAAAUACGAAGUCAACUGAUUUACAUGUCUCAAGCACUCCACAAAGCCAUAGAGAUCCUCCAACCUCCAGAGAUAAUGAUGGAGCGCUCAAAAAUGUUGGAAAGUGCUUUGGCUGCGUACGAACAAACUUCAAAACGAGAGCAUCAGACAAUGUUGAAGAGAAAGACAAUGAUCGAAAAAAGGAAAGAACACUUGGAGAAUCUGAGAAUCAAAAAGGAAAAAGAGGAACAGGCCGAACGCGAUAAGCAACGAGACAAGGCGAAGGCUGCCGAAGGUAAACGUCUCGAAGAGGAAGCGUCUAUGCGCGAGGAGAAACGAAAACAACGAGAGUUGCAGGAAAUCGAGAAGAAGCAGGCGUUGGAAAAGAUUGCCGCUUUAAAGAAAACCACGAAAAAUCUUACCGAGCAGGAAAUGGAAGAAAUGGACGCAGACGACAUAAUGGCUCGUCAGGUGGAACAGCUGGACCGAGAGAAACGCGAUAUGCAAAACAAACUAAAGCUUCAAGAGAAAAGGGUCGAUCACUUUGAACGAGCAAAGAGGCUCGAGGAAAUACCGUUGUUGACGAAGCAGUAUGAAGAUGCAAGUUUUCGUGCGAAUGGGAGUACAUCGUUACGACACAAAAUGGUCAAGGAAAAAGCAAAAGUACCGAGAGCGAAAAGAAAGUGAAAAUGGCACCAGAAAUGACCAACGAUAACACGAAGCAAAGUAAAUGGUUUGAGUGUAGUGAAUAUCGGUAGAGACUGGCCGGUGGUUUAAAGGUGGUUAUAGCGUGGUUAUAGGGUGGUUUAGGGGUGGUUUAAAGUUGGUUUAAGGGUGGUAUAAAGUUGAUUUAAGGGUGGUUUAAGGGUAGUUUAGGGGUGGUUUAAGGUUGGUUUUAGGGUGGUUUAAAUCUGGUUCACCUCUUUCUGCGCUAUGAAAUUUUACCGUUUGGUAACCAUGCAAAGAAGCAACACAAGUCAGCUGUAUAACUUAAGGUUAAUAUUAAUAUACAUGCAUGUUAUAAUUCAUAAAGAAUAUUCGAUUGUAAAGGAAUUUAACACGGCUGAAAAGAUGCAUCACGAUGGUUUAAGAAUCAUGUCAACGUAAAAUCUCUUUUCCUUCAUUCGAAAA